AGAAAUAUUUCAGCACCAUUCGCAUUCGUGGGAUCGUUCGAUAUCGUGAUACAAUCCGGUAGAUCGUUACGGCCGUGUCAUUUUUACCGUUUUUUUAAUAUUAAUGUUUCCUACACUGUAAAUUUGGAAAAGCAUUUCUCGUUUCGUUUCAAUUUAUGAACAUUUGUAAGAAUCCAUUCUUUCCAUUUCAACGUUCAUCGUGGCUUGGAUGUCGAGAACAACAGCAGUAAACAAGGUUUAAAAGUGGCGCUGUUGACGAAAAAAAAGGAAAGAAAAUAAAAAGAGCAUGACGCAAACAUGGACGUGCUGCCGAGUGUUUUUACGGGCUCUCCCCCCUGCUGCGAUGUUACACGUAGUAUUCGGCUGUGAUUCGACUUUUGCCAAAUAUUUCGCGAGUAACAGUGCAACGCGUUGUUAAUAUUAUAAAACUGACGUUCAACGAAGCAAUCGUCAAAGAUUUAUGUCCUGUCAAAUUUUUUGGGUAUUCGCCCGACUGACCCAUAAAAACUAACAGUUAAUCACUGAAAGAUUACCUGCACAGCGCCGCGCUAUCUCCCCCCCCCCCCCCCCCCCCACCACCUGUUGUACUUCCCUCGUAUUAUAUAACAACCUUGGGCGUCAAUAAUACAAUCUGUUUGUAUUACUGCACAUAAUAAGAAAGUGGUUCGCCGAGUGGCCGGUGGUGCUGGGUUCCAUUGUUUCCGGGAAGUGACCCCGGUGACCCGGCUUCAUUGCGGGGAUACGAACGACGCAUCGCGCAACAAUACAAUAUUUUUAUACUGCACCGCUCUUCCUUUCCCCAGCGCCUACCUGCCCCAUCACGUGUUAUAAACACCAUCUGAUUUCUUUUUGUUUUUCAUCCCUCAUACCGAGGGAUUCGUCACGAUCGCGUUUGCAACGCCGAGCAGUAUUUUACGUGCGGCGGUAUGGAACACGUAUUUAUCGACGAGGAAACGGGCGAGAGUAUUGUUCGUCCGGUCUCAUCGUCACCGCCCGUCAACAAUGCGGAAACUGGCGAGCCCGAAAUAGGCGGUCUCAAAAUUGGAAUGAAACGUCGACGCGUUCCCUUUCAGAUACCUCGCGAGGUUAAGGAUCAGCUGAAUACGUUGGAAAAGGAAAAACGAAAAAAGCGGCGGCAGGAAAAACCGGGGAAGGGACGACGACGGAGCGAUCGCGAAGACGAAAAAUUCAUAGACGUCGAGCCCGUGUCCGGUACUUCCUUUGCCCAAACAAACCCGAUAUUUCUAUUCCUCGUUGCAAUCGUCUAUUUUCGGUGGAUUCUCGCUCUGUUUACCAUCUUCGAGGUCGUUUUCCACAUUUGGACCCAUCACAAGAACAAACGCCUGAAAAACACCAACGUUUUUUUUCGAUCGCCUUUCCACGGUGUUACUUCAGAAUUUUGUGCUCUCUGCCAAAACGAAAACUGCAUGGACAAGGUCGGCAAAAUACAAGAGAUAAGAAUGCACAAGUUUCUGAGACAAUGUAAUUACAUGAAAAGAGCGGUUACCUGAUGGCCGGGAACAGUUUUUUUUAUUCAUCUAUAUUUACUUAUAAUAAACUUGUUAUCUGAAGUA